GCGGCGUACUACGUGUCCCGAGAGUCUCCGCGGCGGGGCGGGACUUCGGCGACGCGAGGAGGCGGAGGCGGAGGCGGAACUGGAGUUGGAUUAAAUGCAUUUAUGGAAAAAGAAAAAUUGGAUGGUGAGAUAAUAGUAGACUAUUGUAACACUGCAAUGGAUUCCUUGGUGGAAAACAGUAUGUAUGUAAACAAAGUGUGGGUUCAAUGUGAGAAUGAAAGCUGUUUGAAAUGGAGAUUGUUGUCAAGUGAGGAUGCAGCCAAAGUUGAUCACAGUAAACCAUGGUACUGCUUCAUGAACACUGAUUCAAGAUACAAUAAGUGCUCUAUUUCUGAAGAAGACUUCCCUGAAGAGUCUCAGCUUCAUGAAAGUGGAUUUAAGAUUGUCUAUUCACAGCUCCCUCUUGGAAGCCUGGUUUUGGUAAAAUUACAGAAUUGGCCAAGUUGGCCAGGGAUACUUUGCCCAGAUCCUUUUAAAAGGAAAUACGUGAUCUAUGACCUGGAUGGAAAUGUUGAACAAUAUCAUGUAGAAUUCCUGGGUGAUCCCCAUUCACGAUCAUGGAUAAAUGCAACAUUUGUUGGACAUUGUAGUGUCACACUGAAGCCAGAAAAAUGUAAGAAAAAAAAGAAAUGGUAUAAAAGUGCACUUCAAGAAGCCUACCUCUUCUAUGGAUAUUCUCAUGAGCAAAGACUGGAAAUGUGCCGCCUGUCCAAACAGGAUAAAUCCAAAGCAGAUGGCAAAGUUGCUGUGGUAGCCAAGAAAAGGAUGCAAGUUUCCAAGAACACUACUGAAAAGAAGAAACCCAAAUUUAGGAGAAGGAAAAGGAAAGCUAUUUUAAAAUGCUCUUUUGAAAAUGUUUGCUCAGAUGAUGCCUUAUCAAAGGAAAACAUGGUUGUGUCUGAGACAGAAGUUUUACUGAAAGAGCUGGAGCAAAUGCUCCAGCAGGCGCUCGAGCCCUCGGCGGCCCCUGACGCGUCGGAGGAGGCGCGUGGAGAGAUGUUAUCUAAAUGCGGCCCUGAAGUUCCUGCAGGCAGUCCAUUUGAAAACUACUAUGAAGAGGACUAUCUUGUAAUUGAUGGGAUAAAAUUAAAAGCUGGAGAAUGUAUUGAAAAUAUAACUAACAAAUUUAAAGAAAUAGAUGCUCUAAUGUCUGAAUUUUAAGGUGUGGGAGUUAGUCUCCAAGGUGAUCCUUACCUGGUAUCCAUGCCCUUGCGUGGCCCCCUUCCACACUGAACUGAGCUCACUUGGGUCACCAUGAAAAUAUCUCAA